CCUAAAUCCUAACAUCUAAGUGCAAACACUGUGAACGAUGGCUGACUACUACAAUGUACUAGGCGUGCAAAAAACCGCCACGAACGAGGACAUCAAAAAGGCAUAUAGAAAAUUGGCAUUGAGAUGGCAUCCAGACAAAAACCCUGAAAACCUGGAAGAAGCGAACAAGAGAUUCAAAGAAAUAUCCGAGGCGUACGAAGUCUUAAUUGACGAAAGGAAAAGAAGCACCUACGAUCAAUAUGGAAAGGGAGGACUUCAAACGCGAUGUGCUGAGAGGCAAUGCAGGACCGACAUUAAUGCACACUUCAAUAUUCCACCUUUCAUGUUUAGACCCCCUGAGGAAGUAUUUAGAGAAUUCUUUGAUGCUCCUCUCGAGAACCUGAUCUCUAACCUUAUUAGAAUCGGUGUACCCAGCAGACUCAACAGGCAUAGUCAUUCAAGCAGAAGCAGGACGCCGGGAUUCUUUGGCCCGUUAGGAGCUGCUCCUCGCUUUGCUAUCCCAUCAUUAUUGCGGCAACACAAUGUGUUUCGACGUCUGCCAGGAAACUUGACCUGGUACAAUGCGAGUAGAGGCCGCGUUACUUAUUGUAUGAGACAGAUAAGUGUUUCAACUAAAUUUGUCAACGGCAAAAAGAUCACCAUCAAAAAGAUUCGCGACGGUGAAAAGGAAACAAUAUUGACGUACGAGAAUGAUGUGCUAAAGAUGAGUACGGUGAACGGCGUGCAACUCCCAAUAAGAUAAAAUUAAAUCACUUCUCUAUCAAAAACGUUCGCCUGAUCAGCUUGGAUUCAGCUUGGAAAUUGAGAAAUUCCUGUCAUCGUGUCACGUUUGCGAGUAAUAUUUCUGCACUCUACCUGCUGUGUUUCUCCUACCUAUCUACCUGAUAAUAAUAUAAAAAAAAAGGAAAGAGAAGAGAGCGUAAUCGUCACCGCGGCUAAUUUAACAAUUCAAAAUAUCCUUGUGUCUCUUAUUUAUAUUGUUUUUUCAUCAAUUUACUUUGUUUUAUCUAUUUUACUUAUUUUAUCGUUGAAAUAUUAUGUUAGAAAAUUUAAAAAUUUAAAUGUAAUAGUGUUGCUGAUCGAUGCACUUCUCCACACAUUGUACAAGAGAACAAUAAAAUACAUGUCGAAUUAGAAUUGGAAUUUUGGGGCGUUCGAUGACCCUUAACUCAAUUUAUAUAGCUAAUGUUUAUUGGUAUGUCACGUCCCGCGCUGCGCACGCGCCGUAACGUAGACUAAAACUACCAAUAGCGCGAGUGAGCGUUCCAAUUUGAAAUUUAAAUAAAUUUUAACAAUUUGUAUAGAAACCAAAUUCGAGCCUCAC